AUGACUCUCCAUUUCGAGCGAAGACCAAUCAAGCGCACCUCCACAUCCAUUUCUUCAUCGCCUACCUCAACAUCAUCCACAUCAAUCCCGAAUUCCCUAUCAUCAACCCCGCCAAGAACCGUGCUUUUCAGAAAGAUUGUCAAUGGGAAACGGCCAACAAUGGUCAUUAUACAGAAUCAUCGUGAAUCCCCAUCGAUGGAGUCACCCGAAAUCCAACGAUACGGCGACUCGCCUCGAAGUUUCAACCAAAGUGAAUUACUGGAUGAAUAUCUGAUUGAUGAGAUCCUCUCGUUGGAGGACGAGCAGCGCACUCGGGGCAGCAAACCACACCAAACACCGCUGACCGCCCCGUACUCUUGUGCAGACAAUUUGACGAAUCUCUUCUCGCAAGGAAGACCGAUUCCCGGAAACAACUCUUCAGGUGGUUCAGGCCACUCAGGCUCACCCGUCGGAAUGGGAAUCCCAGGCGCGAUGCAAUUCCGCCACGUCGUCUCCUCGUCAGCUCCCUCCUCAUCGGAUAUGGAUCAAUUGGUACGUGGCUCGUCGCAAGGACCCGUUCCCAGUGCCGAUGAUCCGGAACACUACCGCGAUCGCAGAAAGAAGGACAUUCACAAUAUGAUUGAACGCCGUCGUCGCUAUAAUAUCAACGACCGAAUCAAAGAAUUAGGAGUUAUGCUGCCUAAAGGAGCCUCCGAAGCCGAAUUUAGAGAGAUGAAGUUAAACCAAGGGACGAUUCUCAAAGCAUCUUGUGACUACAUUCGACAAUUGCAAAAGGAUCGAGAUAGCAUGAUUAAACAACAGCAACAACAAAACAAAUUGGAAAACGCUGCGAAACACUACGCCGAUCGAGUCAGGGAACUCGAGGAGAUCUUGGCGAAAAAUGGCCUCAACGCGCCCACCAAAGCGCUUCCUCCACUCCCAGCCAUCCCCUCCGCUCCUCGACCAAUCAAACAGGAGAUCGAAGAGAGUCGAAAUCAAACACCAUGCGGAUCACUUGUAAGCGAUCGCUCAACUCUUCUCUUGUCUCCCCUCGAGAAGACUCACAAUCAAUCGGCUCCCGAUUGGUCCUCAUCGGGUUUUAUGUCACAACUCUCUGACACGACGGCUGCGAUCGCCUCGCCGCUAGGACGGAUCCAUUAUGGAUCCGAUCAAUUCUUUGGCUCAAGUCCACAAGAUUAUCAGACGCCACAAUGGAGAUACCGCCCCGACCACCACAGAGGGAUGCACCACAGGCCAUUCCCCGAUUUGAUCAUGGAGUCGUGUCUUGAGAACAAUCCACUCCUCCAUUCGGACCCGUUGAUGUCACAAGCCGGUAGCCCGUGGCCAAACCUUGCCGCCAGUCAGAUGAGCCCCGAUAUCUCGUGGGAUCCAUCGAAUUUCAGCCCCGACGGGAACACCCAACCGAUGCACGCCAAUCACAAUAUGGAUUAUUCA